GUAUCGUUAUUCCUUUGAUUUUCUAUGUACAUGUGAAAUAUUAUUUUUAUACAUAUUAAAGAUUUUUAUAAUGCGCAACUAAAGCUUUAAAAUAAAUGUUUUUGAUGUGUACAUUUUUCAUAUUGGCGCUCCUAUUUCCCGCCUUAAGCAGCGAAAUGCAGCUAAAACGCGCGAUGGCCCGGACCCAAACGCGACUCGGGACCUCUUUCUAUACCUCGCCAAUUCGAACCCCAAAUUGUUAAAUCCCCAAAUCCCUCGGCAGCGAGAUUGCCGGCGAUGCGGCCUCCGGCGCCCAAGAACUCUGCCUACGGCCAACAAGAACCUCGCCCGGGGAACCUUCUUUUUUUCCUCGCUCCCCACCGCGCCGCCAAACUCUCCCUUGGCUGCCCCCUCUUGGACCGCCUCCUCUCCGGUGGCCUCCCCGCCGCGUCGGUCACAGAGAUUGCUGGCGAAUCCGCCGCCGGGAAGACCCAGAUUUGCCUCCAGCUCGCCCUCCUCGCGCCUCUCUCCCCUCACCCUUCCUCCUCCCUCUUCCUAUGCUCCGAUGUCCCCUUUCCCCUCCGCCGCCUCCGCCUCCUUGCCCCCAAAUCGCGGCCAGACCUCCUAGAUCACGUCCUUGUGGCCGCUGUACACUCUCCCUCGGACCUACUCUCCCUCCUCUCCCGCGCCCAGUAUCACCUCUCCCACCCUAGUCACUCCCCGCACCGCCUCCCUACCCGCGUCAUCCUCCUUGAUUCCAUCGCUUCCCUCUUCCGCGCCGACUUCGACGCCUCACCCGCCGACCUCAAACGCCGGUCUGGGCUCUUCUUCAAGAUAUCGGCAAAACUCAAGGAACUGGCUCACAGGCACCAAUGUGUGGUUGUGGUGACCAACCAGGUGGUCGACGUGGUGGAGGGGAACACGGGAAACACCGUGGCCUGGUCGUCGGGGCGGCAGGUGAGCCCUGCGUUGGGGCUUGCUUGGGCCAACUGCGUCAACACUCGGCUGUUCGUGACGCGGGAGGUGGAUAGCAACGGUGGGAGUGCGAGGAGGCAUAUGAAGGUGGCGUUCGCGCCGCACCUGCCGGUGCGGACAUGUGAGUUCGUGAUACGGAGGGACGGUGUCUUCGGUGUUGAGCCGGCACAAAGGACGCCAUGGCCAUGGACUGCCGGCCUUCCUCCCAAUCGGACCGACGAUGAUGACGACCGGAUCUGCCAUGUCGCCGUCUGUUUCCACGGUACCCUGGAGAAUGGGGUUUCUUCCUCUUAGCCUCCACCACAUCCAGGCUCGCCGGCGGUUGGACCUGCUCAGCGUGCGGGAUUGCGUCCUCUCCUGACGAGGUGGUCUACCUUGCCCGCCGCGUCCUCAUUCCUCAGUUGUCGAGUCUUUUUUCGUCGGCACACCGUCCUCCGACAGCUCCAUCGCCUUUUAUACCACCGCGUGCAGCUACCUGUUUGUCCUAGACCAUCAAGGUGGGUAGGUUUGAUUCUGAUCUUAAAUUCUUUUCCCACUCAAGUUUUCCUCGAUUUUGCUUAGAUUGAAAUUUGGGAUGUGUUUCAUUGAAAGCCAGAUUAAACUUGUUCAAAGUUGUCAAUAUCUCAGUUUAAAGCUCAUAUAUGUUAGAUUCGAAA